AUGCCUGGCUCCUUUGCGGAACCAUAUACUAUCCCUGCCUUCCACGCUCGCUCCUGUUCCAUAGACCGACCUGUCCUUCCCGUUCACUCAGCCGGCCGAAGCAUUACCCGACAGUCUCAUGAGAUUGAACUGAACGAGUACCAAUCUGAAAAGCCCGUCGACGUUGAGUCUCCCACGUCCAUCAGGUCCGCCUACGAGAAGGACGAAGAGGCGAGCGAUUCCGAGACAGACACUUCCGAGAAAGACCACCUCGUCGCCGAAGGUUCCGAUCCCAUGCAACGCCGAAAAUCGAAGAAAAACAAAGACAAAUCUUCCCGACCAGAUCUACGCAUUCAAGUGGAGCAGAACGGCCACGCGAAUGGCCACGCAAACGGCGAUAUGGAUUCCCACAUUGAAAUGAGACGGAAACACGUUACGAGUGACGAUUCUACUGCGAACGCAAACCGCGUUAUGAGCAGAGAUGACUUCUCCUUGGACAGAGAGCCACCUCCGCAGACACCUCAGACCCCGGGCAUGGUCAAUACCAGCUUCGGCGAUUUGCCUCCCAAAGACAAGCGGAACUUUCUGCUGCUAUGUCUCCUCUAUUUCCUGCAGGGUAUACCCAUGGGCUUGGCCUCGGGCUCCGUACCGUUCCUCUUAAAAAGCUACCUCUCAUAUGGCCAGAUCGGCAUAUUUUCUCUCGCCAUAUACCCUUACUCUUUGAAACUGUUGUGGAGUCCGAUCGUGGAUGCAGUGUGGAGCAGGAGAUUCGGAAGGAGGAAAAGCUGGAUUACUCCCAUCCAGACCAUCUCUGGGCUGUCGAUGAUCUAUCUGGGAGGCAACAUUGACGACAUGAUGAAGGCCGCGGGCGAGAACGAUGGAGCUGGUGUCUGGGGGUUCACGGGCUGGUGGUUCCUGCUUGUGUUCUUAUGCGCGACUCAAGACAUUGCGGUUGACGGAUGGGCCAUUUCACUUCUCUCUAUCCAAAACAUCUCGUACGCCUCUACAGCACAGACGGUGGGCUUGACGGCUGGCUCAUUUCUAUCAUACACGGUCUUUCUCGCCCUGCAAGCCCCGGAUUUUGCGAAUCGCUGGUUCAGAGUCGUGCCCCAGGAAUACGGGCUCCUUACACUUGGUGGAUACAUGGCGUUCUGGGGCUGGGUUUACCUCAUCGUGACGGUCGGCUUGGCCGUGAUGAAACGGGAGGACAAAUCCAGCGAGCGAGAAGGCAUUAUGGAAGUCUACCGAAGUAUGUGGGCUGUGCUCAAACUUUCCAAUGUGCAGACCAUCAUCAUCGUCCAUCUGAUAUCGAAGCUAGGCUUCGUCGCCAAUGACGCCGUGACGAAUCUGAAACUACUGGACAAAGGCUUCGGACAGGCCAACAUGGCAUUGGUCGUCCUGAUUGAUUUUCCUUUCGAAUUGGGCCUGGGAUACUACGCCGGGAAAUGGUCGACCGAAUACACGCCUCUGAGAUUAUGGUGUUGGGCAUUUGUAGCUCGUCUGUUGGCAGCGGUGUUCGCGCAAAUCACCAUCAUGAUAUAUCCUGUUGGACCACACGACCCGGUCCCAAUGUGGUAUAUGCUCGUGGUGAUUUGCGCGCACGUCUACUCGACCUUUAUGAACACCAUCAUGUUUGUCGCUUCGGCUGCUUUCCAUGCCAGGAUAGCGGAUCCGACAAUUGGCGGCACUUACAUGACAUUACUAGCCACCGUCUCGAACCUCGGAGGCACAUUCCCGAAGUUCUUCAUCCUCAAAUUCGUCGACCUCUUCACGCGCGCCACCUGUAUCCCGCCGAGCGAUCCCGAUGCGUUCCUAAAAUCCCACCCCGACACCACCCCCAUCACAUCUUCCUUCUCCUGUGCUCUUGAGGCGGAUAAGACCGUCUGUCUCAAAGGGGGAGGAACAUGCCUCAUCCAGCGCGAUGGCUAUUACAUCACCAAUGUCGUGUUCGUGAUUAUCGGGGCCGUCACUUUCUGGUUGUACAUUGAACGGAAGGCACUGGCGCUGCAGGCCUUGCCGUUACGGGCGUGGAGGGUGGGCGACCAGGGGCGAGAGUAUCGCCGGGUGCCGCAGGGUUGA